CAUGCAAAGGUGGAAAAGUAAUCUCAGAACCUGUACCUUGUGACCCGAUAACUGCAAUACCUGAAUGUUUUGACAGAGCGGAUCCUGUUAAGGUGUAUUAUAACAAUGGCUGCUGCUAUAAGUAUGAGUGUCAAUGUUCGUGCAUGACCUGGGCUGACACUCAUUACAGAACUUUUGAUGGGCAUUACUAUGCUAUCCAAGGAAACUGCACUUAUAUUUUGUUCCAAGAAAUCAUCCCAAAAUACAAUAUCAGUGUCGAUGUUAAAAACUAUUAUUGUGAUCCUAUAAAACAUCUUGCUUGUCCAGAGUAUGUAAUUGUGAAAUACAAAUCCUACAAUAUCACGCUGGCAAGCGACAAAAAUAAAGUGGUCCAUGUCUAUGUUAAUGAUGAAGAGAAGAAUCCAACAUAUAUAACCGAUAACAUCAUCAUCACCACUACUGACAUAAAAGUGACUCUAAACAUCUCUGAAAUCAACACUCAGAUUAUAGUUAGUGAUUCAUACAUCCAAAUCAGACUCCCAUUCUCCUACUUCCAUAAUAAUACGCGGGGAUCAUGUGGAUAUUGUGGCAACAGCACCAUAAAUGAAUGCAGUUUUCCUAAUGGAACAAUUAACCAAACAUGUGAGAACAUGCAGAAGUUUUCAAUGGUCCCCCCAGACUGUGAAAUAACUCGACCUACUCCGACAUAUCCAACUCCAACUACACCUCCAAAUAUCUGUGAAAUCUUCAAGACCAAUGUGUUUAACAGCUGCCAUAAUGCCGUUGCCUACUGGGAAUAUUACGAGGCAUGUAAACUUGACGUAUUCAACAGAAAUGAGUCUUUUGCCUGUGCUAGUAUGGAGGCCUAUGCACAUCUAUGUGGCCAGAACUCUAUCUGUGUGGACUGGAGAAGCUCACUUGUCCCCAAAGGGCUAUGUGAAUUGAAAUGUCCAAGUCCCAAAAUCUACAAAGCAUGUGGACCUGAAGUGGAAAAAUCCUGCAGUACAUCAUACAAUGAUAUGUAUACAGAGAAAGAAUGUCACAGCAGUGAUUGUAACCAAACUGUAGUGGAAGGUUGUUACUGUCCUGAUGGCCAAUAUCGGGUUAAUAUGACAUCAGAUAAGUGUACAUCAUACUGCGAUUGCAUUGGCCCUGAUGGAUUACCUAGAAAGCCUGGGGACACGUGGACAUUUGAGUGUUUCUCGUAUAAAUGUGUAAAUCCUGGCAUUACUUUGAAAGAGCUAGUAAAAUGUCCAACUGAAAUGCCCUGUCCUGACGGAUAUAUAAAAACUGUUGUAAACUGCUGUCCAACUUGUGUUUGCGAUCUGGAACAAUGUCUUAUGAAGAAAUGUGAUGUGGGAUUUCAGUUAGCAUUAAAUAAAACGGCCAGUUCCUGUUCCUGCAUGCCUAAAGAUGUCUGUGUGUACAAUAACACAGAGUUCAAGGUUGGAGAAGUCCGCCGUUACACAUGUGAAACUAUUACUUGCCGUCAAAUUAACGGCUCCUUCGUGACUGAGAAGAGCUCUAAGAAGUGCACUUUCUUGGGGCAGAUUGACUGUAAACUUGGCUCUGAAUAUGUGAAACAAGAAGAAGAGUGCUGUGGAAGAUGUGUACCAAAGAACUGUACUUACACGGAAGACAACAACACAUAUAUGAUGAGGGUUGGAGAAGUCCGCAUGCACAAAUGUGAAAAUGUUACCUGUCGUGAAAUUGAUGGCUCGCCUGUGACUGAGAAGAGCACUGAGAAGUGCACUUACACCAGUUCACGUGACUGUAAACCUGGCUCUGAAUAUGUGAAACAAGAAGAAAAGUGUUGUGGAAGAUGUGUACCAAAGAACUGUACUUACACAGCAGACAACACCACAUAUAUAAUUCGGGUUGGAGAAGUCCGCAUGCACAAAUGUGAAAAUGUUACCUGUCGUGAAAUUGAUGGCUCGCCUGUGACUGAGAAGAGCACUGAGAAGUGCACUUACACCAGUUCACGUGACUGUAAACCUGGCUCUGAAUAUGUGAAACAAGAAGAAAAGUGUUGUGGAAGAUGUGUACCAAAGAACUGUACUUACACAGCAGACAACACCACAUAUAUAAUUCGGGUUGGUGAAGUACUCAUUCAAAAAUGUGAAAAUGUUACCUGUCGUGAAAUCGAUGGCUCGCCUGUGACUGAGAAGAGCACUGAGAAGUGCACUUACACCAGUUCACGUGACUGUAAACCUGGCUCUGAAUAUGUGAAACAAGAAGAAAAGUGCUGUGGAAGAUGUAUACCAAAGAACUGUACUUACACAGCAGACAACACCACAUAUAUAAUGCGGGUUGGAGAAGUACGCAUUCAAACAUGUGAAAAUGUUACCUGUCGUGAAAUUGAUGGCUCGCCUGUGACUGAGAAGAGCACUGAGAAGUGCACUUACACCAGUUCACAUGACUGUAAACCUGGCUCUGAAUAUGUGAAACAAGAAGAAAAGUGUUGUGGAAGAUGUGUACCAAAGAACUGUUCUUACACGGAAGACAACAACAUAUAUAUGAUGAGGGUUGGAGAAGUCCGCAUGCACAAAUGUGAAAAUGUUACCUGUCGUGAAAUUGAUGGCUCGCCUGUGACUGAGAAGAGCACUGAGAAGUGCACUUACACCAGUUCACGUGACUGUAAACCUGGCUCUGAAUAUGUGAAACAAGAAGAAGAGUGCUGUGGAAGAUGUAUACCAAAGAACUGUACUUACACAGAAGACAACAACACAUAUAUGAUAAGGGUUGGAGAAGUCCGCAUGCACAAAUGUGAAAAUGUUACCUGUCGUGAAAUUGAUGGCUUGCCUGUGACUGAGAAGAUCACUGAGAAGUGCACUUACACCAGUUCACGUGACUGUAAACCUUGCUUUGAAUAUGUGAAAGAAGAAAAAGAGUGCUGUGGAACAUGUAAACAAUAUUGCUGUAUUUACGAUGCACCAGACAAGACCACACCUAAUCUCAAGGUUCAAGAGGCAUACAAGUUUAAAUGUACGACUGGUACCUGCAAAGAAGUUAAUGGCUCACUUGCGAUUGUGGAGAGCAUUAAAACAUGCCCUUACCUUAAUCCAAAUGACUGUGUGCCUGGAACAUUAAAAGAUGACACAGAUGGAUGUUGCCAGACAUGUGAACACCUCAGCUGUGUUCCUGAGAAGAACAUCACCCGUCUGGAUGUCAAUGAUUGUACUUCCUUUAAUGAUAAAGAAGUUAAAUCCUGCACUGGAAACUGUGAAUGUGUAAAUCGAUGUAUUCGAUGCAAAUGAACGAUUUGAUGCAUAGCUGUUCCUGCUGCCAGGAGGAGAAUUUUACCCUCCGACUGGAUAAGAUUACGAUAAGAAUAGAUCCUAAUUGACUGCUGAUUUGAACAUAACUCAGUAAUCUGACAUAUUAAAAUUUCAAAAUAUACAUCCAAUAAUGGAAAUUAUUUAAUAUGAUUGUUACAGUGCAUUAAUGGCUAUAGUUGUUUUGGCUAAUAUUGCACCAUUAAUGUUUUUUGUGUGGUUUGAUUUACGGAUAUGGUUAACUCUAGUCUGUUAUCUCACAGAAGGGAUCCUGGGUGUUUUUUCUUUUAUUUGUUACACUCUCUGGUAAUGCAUGAGAUAAUGAUGUACUUUUCUUUCCAAUGAACUGAAUUAAAAUCACAAUAAAGCAUAAUAAAGAGCAUCAA